UUUAUUAUCGUUUUUAGUUGCUUUAAUUUGAUUUAUUGCUUCAAUUUGAUUUAUUGAGUAUGAUGCGGUUUAUUUCCCGUUUAUGAUAAUGGAAUUAUGUUUGAUUUUCCUGAGAAUCUAUAAUACGGUUUAUUUCAUGUUUAUGAUAAUGAAAUUAUGUUGGAUUUUCCCUGAGAAUCUAUAAUUUGAAUUUGAUUUUUGUGACAAUCUCAGUCAUAAUAAUUAAUUAGCUACUGAUUCAAACAAUUUGCAAAUCUACUUAGUCUCUGUUUUUUAUCUGUGAAGAAUAUUGCUGAUAGAAGCCUAUGUUAUCUACUUAGUGUGCUUAAAUUGGGAAUUCCUUUGCAUUUACAAUACUUUAGUGAUUCCUAUGUUUUGGAAUUGGCUAAUUCAGAUUAUAAAACAUACAAAAUUCGAGAUAUUAGCUUCAGAGCAGAAACUUAAUCACCAGAAAUUUAUUUUAUUACUCAUAUUCAUCAAUUUGAUUUGUGUGUGAUGGCUCUGUUAAUUUGUUUGUUUGGUUUAUGAUCCUGCUUAUAGUUCAAACUGGUGCUUGCAUUCUGAACAUAUUCAUCAGUAAGAUGGUUAACCACAUUUUAGAGGUUUCGGCAGUGGGAAUCAACUUGUACUCAUUUCAUCAAUUUGAUUUGUAUGUGAUUAUAGGAUGAAUAUGUCAUUGGUGCCAUGUUUCAGUUCAUUUAGCUUUUUCCAUGGCUUUUUCCAUUGGUUCCAUGUUUUAGUUCAUUUAGCUUUUUCCAUGUUUCAGUUCAUUUUAGAGGUUUCGGCAGUGGGAAUCAACUUGUACUGUUUGAGAUUGCCUCUAUCAUGUUUAUCCCGAAAACUAAUUCCUUAACUUAUUGUAGCUUAUUGAGCUGAGCAUGUUAUUAACUUUCCUUGCAGUUCAGUUUGCAUGUUGGAUAUUUAAAAACUGCGGAAUGGUAUUGAAUGCUUAUAAACACAAAUUAUAUUGCUCAUAAUCAUCAUAUUACAUGUCUGUCUAGAAAUGUGGGUUUUAAUGAUGAAUGUCAUAAUUAGCAAUUUUUAAUGAUGGCUCUGUUACGCGUCAAUUACGUUUGUUUGAAUGUCUUUUUUAUUCAUAAUGUCGUAGGAUGGAUAAGGAAAAGGGAUGAGAAUGGAUGCACUUGGAUGAUAGGUUUAGAAAAGCAUAUAGAGAGGGGGUUUUGGAGUUUUUAGAUUAUGCAUUUUCUAAAGUUGUAGAUUCUCAACUUAUAUAUUGCUUGGGGGUCCAGUACAGUAUAGAUGGAUGUAUCCGGUGGGCGGUUUUUGUAUACUCUUAAGUCGUUUGUUCGUAAUAGAGCUUGUCCAGAAGGGUCGAUAGCAGAAGCUUUUACAGCUUAUGAAUGCUCGACUUUAAUUUCAAGGUAUUUGCAUGACAUCAAUACUAAAUUCAAUCGCCAGGUAAGGAACUUUGAUGGUGGUGUCAUUGAAAAUCUUGGAGGACUAUCCGUAUUCUGUCACCUUGGACGACCAUUAGGGGUUGGGCAAGCACAUGACUUAGCCCUACAUGAGUGGGAGGAGGCCCACACAUAUGUUCUCAAGAAUUGCCGAGAGGUGAAACCAUUUAUCCAAAUAUUAUUCGAGGAGGAACAGUUGUGUAGUAUGGUUGUGCUUGGAUUUGAUGAGGGUUGGAUGACAAAUACAAGGUUAGGGUUUAGUUGAAUGGUCGAGCUUGAAUUUGAGAAGUAUUUGAUGACAAACAUAGAGUGUAAGAUUAGAAAUUUAGGAUUAGUAUGAAUUGUAGGAAAUCAGUUGGUUAAGGUUGUUGAAUUCUAAAGUAGCUUUGGGUUCUGUUUAGCAGUAAGUCUAGCAGGUAUGUAAGGGUGUGCUUGGGGGGCCUAGCAGGUUUUACAAUAGUGUUGUUGUGUGAUUCUGCAUAAUCUCUGAAGAAUGCUCUUUGAUCCUGUCAUUUGUUAGUUUAAACAUUACACCACAAUUGUUGUAUAGUUAUCAUUGUCUAGUACAAUAUAAUGUACAACCAAUUAACCAAACUUAUUUAAAGAAACUAAUUGAGAGCAGGGGUAAUUGUAAGGGAGUCCUCAUUAUCAAGCAUAAGCUGAUGGUGAAACUCAAAUAUGCGACGUCCAAGUCACAAAUUAAGUGAGUUUCCCACCAUCUCAACCAAAUAAGCUAGCUUGGUAAUUACCAAAUAAAGUUAACUAUAUGAAGAAAGUGGACAUACCUAGCGUAGAGGUCACAAAGGGACGGAAGCGAGGGUCAGUUAAGAGAGCCUUAUCUGUUGGAAAUUUCACCAACCCUGGA